GAAAGUAAAUUUAAUGGGAAUGAAAAAUACCGUGCCUUUCCAUUGCUACAGGUUUUACGUAUUAAGAAAUUAGAAGCAUUAGAGGAUUGGUUUGAGGCAGGAGUAGCUGCUGAAGAUGGAUGUUUGUUUCCUUGCUUGAUUGAAUUGGUGCUAAGUAACUGCCCGAAGUUGAAAGAGUGUCCCUAUUUGCCUUCUAAGCUCAAGAGCUUGAGGAUAGAAUUUAUGGAGUGGAAGACUUUGAAUUUUUGUAGCAAUUCAAAUCCUAUUCCUCUUGAAUCAUUAGCGAUCUCUGACUGUCCAAACAUUACAUGUCUUCCUCUGGCUGAUGAAAUAGCAAGACUUGCAGCUUUAAGAUCCUUGACAAUUACAAAGUGCCCCAAUCUGAUCUCUCUCGGAGAAGUGGAGACCACUAAUAAUUUCCAUCUCAUACUCAGCAAUCUCAGUAUAAGCGAUCCAUCGGUGUUGCUGAUGGAGCCAUUGAGAAGUAUCGCCUCCUUCAAAAAUCUGAGAAUUGAGGAGAAUGAUGAGCUGCUUUCAUUUCCAAAUGAGGCGGAGCAGUGGUUUCUGAAAGUUAGGUCUUCUCUUUAUCGGCUGGAAUUUAGAAGGCUCAAAUUUGUACAGUCUCUCCCUUCCUCCUUGGAAAGCUUAUCUUCACUUCGGAAACUAUAUAUUAACGAUGUUCCGAUGCUUCGGGCAUUGCCGAACCUUCCUCCCUCUUUGCAACGUCUAAUAAUAAUUGGGGAUUGUCAUCCAGAGUUAGAGGAGCGCUAUCGAGAGGAUGGAGGCUCCGAUCGCCACAAGAUUGCUCACAUUCCGAGUAUCCAUAUUAAUCCCUGAAAUUUUCAAAAUACCUAAGCUGCAAACUUCUUUUUCUUAUCUUAUCUUAUUUGUUUGAUAUAUAUGAAAUGUGAAGAAGAAUGCAUAAUAUUUCAGCAUGAAAUAGCUGUUUGUAUCAUUUGAUCUAUGCACUCAAUUUUAUUUAUGUAUUAAUUGGUGGUUCUUUUAUAUAUAAAUAUUUUUUCUUGCU